AUGGGUGGAAAAAUUGACAAAACAAUCAACAAUGGUAGUGCACCACCAACAUUUAGACUGCAUGGUCAAAAUUUUCACUUGAUGGUGAGUUUGCUACCAGAAUCUGGCGAGAGACCAAAGUUUUCUCAAUUAUAUAUUUAUUACACUCAGAAUGAGAUCAACAAUCGUCUAAGUGAACUUGGGGAAGAUGAUUCAACGACUACAUUGCAUUAUGAAAUUGUUAAAGACAUUACGGAUGCAUUAGAUGAAAAUAAGGUUUUGGUCAAGAGUUUUCGGAUUGCCAAAAUGGAGAUGGAAAGUAAUCCUAGAACAAAAAUUAAAAUCAAACUCAUCGGUAGGAGGAACAAAGAUGCAAAGACAUAUAACUUGCCACAGGUUGGAGAAGUGGCUGCUUUGAUUGUUGGUGAUUUAGAUCCAAAUAUGGGGAACGAGAUAUUUUGGUGGAAUCUAAAGCUGAGACGACAUAAAGUAAAGUUUAGUAAUGUGGAAGGUCGGAGUUCAAAUGCAGGGAGUAAACUUAGUCCAAGGGAGUAUUUUUCAUUCAGUUUGCAAGAUAGGUUCAAUGAAAUCUCAACAUUGCUUUAUUCUAGAAGGUUGUUUCAGCAAUAUUUGGUAGAUGCUUAUACCAUGAUAGAAUCAGGACGCUUGUGGCUUGAGAUUGAAAGGUUUUUACAACCAAGGAAACUCAAAGCUGAAGAUAGGCCGGAUAUAAUAUGCCGUGUGUUUAAAAUGAAAUUAAAUGCACUCAUAAAAGAGAUUCAGAAAGAGAAAAUUUUUGGAGUUGUUGAUGCAGUAAUUUACACAAUUGAAUUUCAAAAAAGGGGAUUGCCACAUGCUCACAUUUUGAUAUUCUUGAGCAAGAAUAACUCUUAUCCUAAUCCAAAAGACAUUGAUAUGAUCAUAUCUGUUGAGAUUCCAAGUCAAUUGUGCGACCCUGGCGAGGAAGAAUUCACCUUGCAUGGUCAAUGGGUCACAGCUGAAUUUUACAACAGUGCGGUAGAAGAAUCUACUGGAAAGGUUAUAGAUGAAAUCAAGAUGUACUAUGACUGUAGAUAUAUUUCACCGUGUGAGGCUGCUUGGAGGAUAUUUGCAUUUGACAUACAAUUUAGAAAUCCAUGUGUUGAGCGAUUGAGUUUCCAUCUUCCAAAUGAGCAUUCAGUAAUAUUUCAUGAUGACGAUUUGGUUGAUGAUGUCGUAAAUCAACCAACAGUAGCUCAAAGCAUGUUCACUGCAUGGUUUGAGGCGAAUAAAAAAUACGCAGAAGGGAGACAGUUGACUUAUUCACAGAUGCCAACUAAAUUUGUUUGGAAGAAUGAUAAAAGAGAAUGGCAUCCUAUGCAAAGGGAUUGGGCAAUUGGUCGAAUCUUUUAUGUGCCCCCAAAUAGUGAUGCAUUUUAUGCACGGAGCUUAAUUGAAGAUGAUAAAGAGUAUGUCAAUGCAAUCAAUGAGGCAGUAGUUUGGUCUUCAGCACAUUCGUUAAGGGAAUUGUUUGUUACACUAUUGACAUCCAAUUCAAUGUCUAAGCCAGAAAAUGUGUGGGAGCUAGUUUGGAAUUACUUAUCAGAUGAUGCUGAAUUUAUUUCUAGAAGAAACCUCUCAACUUCAGAUUUAAUUCUCAAUGAAUCUCAAAAAAGGAAUUAUGCGUUGCUUGAAAUGGAGAAGUUGUUGAAUGCUUGGAACAAAUCUCUAGCAGAUUAUCCACCUAUGCCAAUGCCAGAUGAAAACAAUGAUUUGUUUUUGGGAAAUAGGUUGUUGUUCGAGGAAAUAUCAUAUGAUAGGGAAGCUCUAAUGCAUGAACAUAAUUCUUUGCUUGAGAAACUAACUGAUGAACAGUUAGUCAUCUACAAUAAGGUGAUUGCAGACGUCGAAACGGAGAAAGGUGGCAUGUACUUCGUUUACGGUUAUGGUGGAAUAGGGAAAACUUUUUUGUGGAAGACACUUUUAGCGACUUUAAGGUCCAAAGGUGAAGUCGUAUUAAAUGUAGCAUCAAGCGGUAUAUCUUCAUUACUUUUACCUGGUGGAAGGACUGCACACUCCAGAAAUUCUAGGAGCUCAACAAUGAACUUUGGAGGGAAAACAAUUGUUCUGGGGGGAGACUUUAGACAAAUUCUACCCGUUAUUCCAAAAGUUCUUCGUUUAACGAAGAAUUUAAGAUUGCGAGGUGUUACUAAUGAAAAGGAGGUUGAGAAAUUAGAUGGUUUUGCCAAGUGGAUUGCAGAUUUAGGUGAUGGAAAACUGGGUGAAGACAAUGGUGUUGAUUGCAAUAUAAUGAUACCGUCUUCCUUUGUAUUGGAAAAUGAGGGCGAUCCCAUUAGACAAAUUGUUGACAACACAUUCCCUGAAUACCGUUCUGGAAACAUGGAUGAAAGACAACUCGAUAGUAGAGCUAUUCUGGCUCCAACAUUAGAUGUUGUCGACAAGGUCAAUGAAUACAUGAACGGUAUGAAUCAAGCCUCAUCCAUAACAUAUAUGAGUUGUGAUUCUGUUUGCAAGUCGGAGACAAAUGUUGAUAUGCAAUCUGAGGUCCAAACAACAGAAUUUUUAAAUAGUUUGAGAUGCUCAGGGGUACCAAACCACUGUUUAACUUUGAAAGUUGGAACUCCAGUUAUGCUGUUGAGAAAUAUAGAUCGCUCAUUGGGAUUAUGCAAUGGUACAAGGUUAAUAGUAACUCAGUUGGGAAAUCAUGUUAUUGAGGCACAAAUCCUAUGUGGCAACAACGCAGAGUUGUAA